AUGUACUCGACAUCUCCGUCUUCGUCCUCCAUGGCCUCCUCGUCAGGGCGCUCCUCGCCUGAACAGUCGAGCUCCAAGCAGCAGCAACAGCGAAGCAACUCGUUCCUCCUUCCGCAAUUCUUCUUCUCUCAAAGCAACAACGGAAGCAACUCCGCCACGAAUCAGGACAACAAUCCUCACCCUGUGCAGAAUGCACUCUACUCGCAAGCGCCUCGUCGCACCAGCUUUGGCGCAGGCUUCUCCAACAGCGGCCGCUUCUCUGCUUUGAGCGCUUUUGGAUUCACAUCGGCCUCCGCAGGUCUCAGCAGCUCGCCUCCUGCAUCUUUCGCCGGGGCUUCCGAGCUGUCCCGCCGAACAGGUAGUGCCAUCGAGUCUCCACAAUCCGAAUCGCUAUCCUCUUCGCCCACACAGUCCUCGACACAGAAGAGCAGCAGCUUUAGCACCAACACAUCCAUGGCUCCACCCGCCCCUCCUGCGAAACGUCACCUCUGCUUCCCGGAUGGCAUGGGCGGCACCGUCUGCGUCGAGGUCAAGGACCCAAAACGUCGCGGCUCGUCUGUCAACUAG